AUGAGUGACCUGCUGGUGAAGGAACUGGUGGCCAACACAGCCUACCUCAGGGCUCAGCGGCAGGACCGCAAUGAGCUACGAAAGGAGAGACUCUCCCUGACUCUGCCAGUGCCAAAGAACUCCGCAACUCUGCAGGAAGCAGAAGGGAAGCAGUACGAGUCACUUUGCGAGCAGCAGCCCAUUGGCAGAGAGUUAUUCCGGCAGUUUCUACUCAGUUGUAACCCGCAGUAUGCGGCCGCCAUCGAGUUCCUGGACGAGCUGAGAGGAUGGAGCUCUGCCGUAGAUGACGACCAAGAAAAGGCCAGGCAGAACCUCGUCGAUAAGUUCUGUCACCCUGCGUCCAGGAGUUUUCUGUCUUUUCUCAAAGGAGACUCAGUGGAAACAGGCAAGCGCUUCUCAAACAUUUUGGAUGAGUCCUCGGUGAACCAGAUGAGAGAAGCCACAAGAGACUUCCUGCGAGGAAAGCCUUUCUCGGAGUUCCUAAGGAGCCCGUUCUUUUUCAGGUUUCUGCAGUGGAAGGAGUAUGAGAGACAGAAGAUUAGUGAUAAAUACUUUCGUGAGUUUCGGACGUUAGGGAAAGGCGGUUUUGGUGAGGUGUGUGCAGUCCAGGUGAGGACGACAGGACAAAUGUACGCCUGCAAGAAGUUGGAUAAGAGACGAUUGAAGAAGAAAGGUGGCGAGAGGUUGGCCCUUCAGGAGAAGCGGAUCUUGGCAAAGGUGAACAAUCUUUUCAUUGUGAACCUGGCCUACGCCUAUGAAAACAACACCCACUUGUGCCUGGUCAUGGACCUGAUGAAUGGAGGAGACCUCAGGUUCCACAUCUACGAACUCGGAGAGCGCGGUCUCUGUAUGAACCGCGUGGUUUACUACGCAGCCCAGAUGACCAUGGGCCUCCUUCACCUGCACUCCUUGAACAUCGUCUAUCGUGACUUGAAGCCAGAGAACGUGCUGCUGGACGCCUGCGGCCAUUGCAGACUAUCAGACCUCGGACUGGCUGUCGAGCUGCCAAAUGGGAAAACGAUCUGCCAAAAGGCAGGCACAACUGGUUACAUGGCCCCCGAGAUGCUGACGCAGCAGUACUACAGCACAUCGGUGGACUGGUGGGCACUGGGCUGCUGCAUUUACGAGAUGGUGGCUGCUCGCUUGCCUUUUCGAGACUUCCGCGAAAAGGUGCUGAAGAGCGAGGUGACCCGCCGCACGCUCGAAGACCUGUGCAAGUUUCAUCACAAGGGAUUCGACUCCACGACCAAAGACGUCAUCUGUUGCCUCCUUAAGAAAAAAGUAGCACAUCGCCUCGGGUGCCAAUGUGAAGACCCACGAAAACACCCAUUUUUCAAGAGCAUUAAUUUCCAUCUCCUGGAGUCGCGGCGUUUGGAGCCCCCAUGGAUGCCCAAGCCCAAUGUGGUCUACGCCAAAGACACAAAUUGCUUCAACGACACCUCGGAAGUCGUAGAUAUUGAACUGGAUGCCAAGGAUGAAAACUUUUUCAAGGAAUUCAGCACAGGCGCAGUCGCGGUCUCUUGGCAGAAGGAGAUGAUUGAUAGCGGGUUGUUUGAUGAGCUCAACAGAGCAGAAAGGAACGACCAUGAGCGAGUAAUGGCCUGGAAAUCAAAGACGUGCGACAUUUUGUAAGCAUCGCUUCUCAUCUACAGUCGGGAUAAGAAGGUGGCUUCACACCAAAAUCUUGGCUUGCAUAAUUAAUCGUAAGAAAGUGCUCCCCUUUAACUCAUUCAGUACCAGCCAAUUCUAGACCAAGUCUGAAAAGACGUUUAAAAACGUCUUUGGCAGUGAAUGAGUUAAUGGCGGGGAGUGCUGAGCGAUAUGUUGUUGGUGACACAUAUUAUCCUCAACGAAAAAAUCUAUUCGAUAACAUUACGAUGUUACAUUACUAAUUGCCAACUUUGUCGACGGGGAUGGUGGUGACUGAUAUUGAGCUUCUUGAAAUUUUAUUACUAUUGUUUCGACUAGGAUUGGGUGGGUGCGGGUUGGGGAGGGGCGGGGGGUGUUCCUGGGGCCCUCGGAAAGUCUUCUCAUUUCUCUCUCAAGAUCGACACCCAUGGGGGGGGGGGGGUGAGAUAAGCGAUGCAACCCUGGAAUACUUGAAAUAAUGGUGCUGGUUUUAAAUAGAAUCAUGACACAAUAAAUCUGACGACCUCGAAUAAUAA